AUGCAUAUCACCCGAUUUCAGUGCGAAUGUUCGGUUGGGUACGAACGUAAUUCAAGAACAGGUGAAUGCACCAUACCGGGAUCGUGUGACCCGACCUUACCGAAUCCGUGUGACGGGCGAAAACGUGAAAAAUGUCUUCUUCAUUCAUCUGGCCAAUACCAUUCGUGCCAAUGCUCACAAGGAGAGAAACGGCAUUCCGUGACCGGAAUUUGUUUGCGUGAUGAAUGCUUGUUGGGCGCGCACGAUUGUGAUCAAUCUGCACAGUGUAUCGAUACGGACGAUGGCUAUUUGUGUAUCUGCAAGAAGGGAUUCAUUGAUCAGAGUGCUGAUCCAAUCAAUAAACCUGGUCGGUUGUGUGUUGCUGAAAAAAACGAAUGCCUUGAUGGUACUCACAAAUGCUCACCGGAUGCAAUUUGCACAGAUACAACCGACGGAUAUAUUUGUCGUUGCAAGCCCGGUUUCAUCGAUUUCUCACCUAAUCCACAUCAGUACGCAUUGAAUAUCUUUUCACACUUAAAUUUUAGAAUUUCUAACUAUUGCUCAAUCGUUUUCCAUUCGCGAUCCUCAACUUGA